GUGAGUUCUCAAAGCUCCGAACGGCGGAGCAAAGAGUGCCUCCUCGUAGGGCUCCAAUGAGAAUUUAUUGAGUAUCGAUUCAUUUGUAAAAAAUAAAUAUUCGUUCAUUCUAUUGUUGCAAAUCAUGGCUAUGAUUUCAAAGACUGCCAUGGGCAUUGCCGUUGGCAUCGCGGGCAUUGUCGUCGGCUACUGCUUCUACUUCGAUCAAAAACGUCGGAGCGAUCCCGACUUCAAAAAGAAACUACGCGAACGGAGGAAAGCGAGGAGGCAAGCCAAGAAGACUGGAUCACAAAUCCCUGAUCUCAAGGACCCUGAAGUUGUACAGAGGUUCUUCCUCCAAGAGGUGCAACUUGGUGAAGAAAUGUUGACUUGUGGUGACGUAGAGGGUGGAAUCGAGCAUUUGGCAAACGCCGUAGCUGUUUGUGGUCAGCCGCAGGAGCUGCUGCGUGUCCUCCAGAAAACAGUACCACCACAAGUAUUCCACCUCCUUUUGCAGAGAUUACCCGCCGUUGGACAGAAACUCGCGUCACAAACCACAAUGGCUGAGGAGGAUGUGGAAUAAAUUGUCAAAUUGGUCAUUUCUACAUAAUAAAAAAAUUGUUAGAAAACAAAAAAAACAGAAUGAUAUUGCAAAGACAAACCACUAGUUGACCCAGAGAUCGCUUAAUCCAAAACUAAUCGAACAGAAAAAAAAAUCCCUCAAGUGUAUAAUCGUGGAUAUAUACUCUAAGUAUUAAGUUAUCCAAAGGCACAAAUUAAACCCAAAUAUCCUCUCUCUUUAUUAUCCCAGAAUGGACUCGCAGAGUAUUUUCAUUGAAAAAUCUGCUCGUCUUUACAAUAUAAUAUAUUUUCUAAAUACAACAACUA